UAUGUACCCUCGGUAACAAGAAGAAAACGUACGUAUAAGUCAUUUGUGAAUAGCAGUGGCGUCGCUCUACUCUCAACGUGGGCUGUGGAUGUGGCAGCUCAGCACAGCACCCCAGCCUGACUACGUGUCUUUCGCUCUGAAGUUCACUCGCAAGUGUAGUUUGGGCUAAUUUUCUAGUUUUUUUUUUUUUUUUAUCAUCGACAGGUUUCAGUGCCAUGUUUGCCAGACUCAACUUGUACGCUCACUUGUCGUCAAGAAUUAGGCAAGUGAGUGUCAGCCCUGUCUCUAUCAGAACAUAUUCCCAAGCAAAAUUCUCACACCCACGCUCACAUGGGAAAUCUUUUGCCCACCGGAGUGAGUUGAAGCAAGCCAAGCGCAUAGUGGUGAAACUGGGCAGCGCUGUAGUGACACGGGGAGAUGAAUGUGGCCUGGCACUGGGGAGACUGGCCUCCAUUGUAGAGCAGGUGGCCAUGCUGCAGAAUCAAGGCAGGGAGAUGAUGAUUGUCACCAGUGGUGCUGUGGCAUUUGGGAAGCAGAGACUAAGACAUGAAAUCCUGUUGUCUCAAAGUGUCAGACAAGCUCUGCAUUCAGGACAGAACCAGUUGAAGGAAAUGUCAGUUCCAGUGUUGGAGGCAAGGGCUUGUGCAGCUGCAGGGCAGAGUGGUCUGAUGGCAUUGUAUGAAGCUAUGUUUACACAAUAUAGCAUCUGCACUGCACAGAUUUUAGUCACAAACUUGGAUUUUCAUGACGAGCAGAAGCGGCGCAACCUUAACAGCACACUUCUUGAACUUCUACGGAUGAACAUAGUUCCCAUCAUUAACACCAAUGAUGCUGUUGUGCCCCCCCCUGUUCCCAGCAGUGACAUGCAGGGGGUAAAUGUGAUAAGCAUCAAAGACAAUGACAGUUUGGCAGCACGUCUGGCUGUUGAAAUGAAAGUGGACCUGCUAAUUGCCCUGUCUGAUGUUCAAGGCCUCUAUGACAGUCCUCCAGGAACAGAUGAUGCAAAACUCAUUGAUAUCUUCUAUCCUGGAGACCAGCAGUCAAUCACAUAUGGUACUAAGUCAAGAGUCGGCAUUGGUGGCAUGGAAGCCAAGGUGAAAGCAGCUUUAUGGGCACUGCAGGGUGGGUCAUCUGUGGUCAUUGCCAAUGGCACAGACCCCAAAAUCACAGGCCAUGUCAUCACAGACAUUGUGGAGGGAAAGAAAGUUGGUACCUUCUUCUCUGAAGUGAAACCUGCAGGUCCCACUGUGGAGCAGCAGACAGAGAUGGCCCGUCAUGCCGGAAGAACUUUAGCUUCAUUGCUCCCAGAGCAGAGAGGUGAGAUCAUCUGCUCACUUGCCGAGCUGCUGACAGAGAAGAAAGAUGAGAUUCUCAGUGCAAACAAGAGAGAUAUGGAGAUAGCAACAGCAUCAGGCCGUUUCUCCCAGGCUCUUAUCGACCGGCUGAGUCUGUCAACCGCUAAAUUGAACAGCCUUGCCAUUGGUCUGCGUCAGCUGGCUGUGUCCUCCAGAGACAGCGUUGGCCGGGUGCUGCGGAGGACCAAGGUUGCAAACAACCUGGAGCUGGAGCAGAUUACUGUCCCCAUUGGUGUCCUGCUGGUCAUCUUUGAGUCACGUCCUGACUGUCUCCCACAAGUAUCUGCUUUGGCUAUUGCCAGUGGAAAUGCCUUGCUGCUGAAGGGUGGCAAGGAAGCUUCCAACACCAACAGAAUUCUACAUCAGCUCACCCAAGAAGCGCUUUCUAUUCAUGGAGUAACCGAUGCUAUUCAACUGGUUAGUACACGUGAAGAAGUUGAAGAUUUAUGCAGACUGGACAAGAUUAUUGACCUGAUCAUUCCAAGAGGCUCAUCUCAGCUGGUGCGAGACAUUCAGAGAGCAGCAAAGGGUAUUCCUGUCCUGGGCCACAGCGAGGGUGUCUGUCAUGUCUACAUUGACAGUGAAGCGAGCAUAGACAAAGCUGUUGACAUCGUCCGAGACUCAAAGUGCGACUACCCUGCGGCCUGCAAUGCUAUGGAAACCCUCCUCAUUCAUCGAGACUUGUUGCGAACGCCAAUAUUUGACCAGAUCAUUGAUAUGCUGAGAACAGAACAUGUAAAAAUCCACGCUGGUCCACGAUUUGCAUCUUAUUUAACUUUCAGCCCAUCUGAAGUGAAGUCCCUGCGGACAGAAUAUGGGGAUCUGGAGUGCUGCAUCGAGGUGGUGGACAGCAUGGAGGAAGCUGUGGACCAUAUCCAUAAAUAUGGUAGCUCCCACACCGAUGUCAUUGUUACAGACAAUGAAGAGACAGCUGCACAGUUCCUGCAGCAGGUGGAUAGUGCUUGUGUUUUCUGGAACUCAAGCUCUCGCUUUGCUGAUGGCUACCGCUUUGGGUUAGGUGCUGAGGUGGGAAUCAGCACAGCACGUAUCCAUGCCAGAGGGCCAGUGGGUUUAGAGGGACUUCUGACCACCAAAUGGGUCCUUCGCGGAGAAGGCCACACUGUAGCUGACUUCUCUGAGCAAGGAAGUAUGAAAUACCUUCAUGAAAACAUCCCUGUUCCCCAAGGGAGCUUCAGCUAGUCUCUGACCCAAAGUGCUAUCAGUGACUCAAGUUUGCAAAAUGUCACUUGUGAGUAAAUUCAAAGUUUUGUGUUUGCAAAUAUCACUUUGCUGCUGCUGGUACAUUUCUUUGUGUAUCAAGCUUAGGAGCAGAAAGUUGCAUGCAGAACAGAAGCUAUUUAUGCCACACAACUAUGUCCUGGUUUUCAAAACCUGUGCACCAGUUGUUGACACAUCCUAAUUUAAAAACAAAUCAGUUGGGGGGGAACCAGUUUUGUAUUUGGUGAAGUGUGACAGGUCAAACUGUGGCAAAUGAAUCACUAACACAGUGGUAGUUUUUAACUUAUUUUUCUACAAAUUACUUUAUAUCCUUGCCUUUUUGUAUUUGACUGUAAGAGUUUCUGAAGAUUCCCGGUGCAGGUUUGUUUUGCUGUGUAUCUUCUUGAGGCAGAUUAUUUGAAUAAAUAUCUUCUACGGCA